GCUGGUUUCAGCACUCAGCAUCCACCAUGAAUCUCAAGGUAGUCCUCGUGUUCCUGGCACUGUCCCUCAUUACCAUCUUCACCCUGGCCUAUGUCCUGCUGACCAGCCAAGGUAGCGGCAGCCAGCCUUCCCGCUGCCCCUUGGUAUCCCCAAGUGUCCAGCCCUGGACACAGCCCGGCCAGAGCCAGCUGUUUGCAGACCUGAGCCGAGAAGAAUUGACUGCUGUGAUGAGCUUUCUGACCCAGCAGCUUGGGCCCGGGCUGGUGGAUGCAGCCCAGGCCUGGCCCUCGGACAACUGUGUCUUCUCAGUGGAGCUGCAACUGCCCCGCAAGGCGGCAGCCCUGGCUCACCUGGACAGGGGGAGCCCCCCACCUGCCCGGGAGGCCCUGGCCAUCGUCUUGUUUGGUGGACAAGCCCAGCCCAACGUGAGUGAGCUGGUGGUGGGGCCGCUGCCCCACCUGUCCUAUGUGCGGGAUAUAACCAUGGAGCGCCAUGGGGGCCCCCUGCCCUACCACCGACGUCCUAUGCUAGCAAAUGAGCAUGCCCAGAUGUGGAAGCACUUGAAAGAGGUGGAGUUUCGCAAGGCACCCAUCUUCCUGGCUUCUGUCUUCAACUACAAUGGCUCCACAUUGACAUUCUUGCAUGCCACUCCCCGUGGCUUGCGCUCAGGGGACCGUGCUACCUGGAUAGGCCUCUACCAUAACGUCUCAGGUGCUGGUAUUUUCCUUCAACCAGUGGGGCUGGAGCUGCUGCUGGACCAUAGGGCUCUGGACCCAGCCCACUGGGCUGUCCAGCAGGUCUUCUACCUUGGACAGUACUAUGCAGACUUGAGCCAAUUGGAAUGGGAGUUUAAGGCUGGUCGGCUGGAAGUGGUUCGGGUUCCUCUACCCUCGCCAAAUGGUGCCUCGUCUCUGAGGCCCCGGGGGGUCUCCUCGGCUCCUCUUCCCUCACUUCAGUUCUCACCCCAGGGGUCCCAGUACAGUGUACAAGGGAACCUGGUGAUGUCCUCCCUCUGGUCAUUUGCCUUUGGCCAUGGGGUGUACAGUGGCAUGAGGCUUUUUGAUAUUCGGUUCAAGGGCGAGCGAGUGGCCUAUGAAGUCAGUGUCCAAGAGUGUCUGUCUAUCUAUGGUGGUGAGUCACCCAAGACAAUGGUGACCCGAUACUUGGAUAGCAGCUAUGGACUUGGCCGUAACAGCAGGGGCUUGGUGCGGGGGGUGGACUGCCCUUAUCAAGCCACGAUGCUGGACAUCAAUGUAUUGAUAGGCAGAGGGACAGUCCAAUUGUUCCCAGGAGCUGUGUGUGUAUUUGAGGAGGCCCAGGGACUACCCCUUCGAAGACACCACAAUCUGAUUGAGAGUCGUUUCUAUGGUGGUUUGGCUGGCUCAGCCCUUGUGGUCAGGUCUGUGUCAUCUGUGGGCAACUAUGACUACAUUUGGGAUUUUGUGUUGCACCCAAAUGGGGCAGUUGAAGGGCGGGUCCAUGCCACGGGCUAUAUCAACACAGCUUUCCUGAGUGGGGGAGAGGAGAGCCUUCUCUUUGGGAAUCGUGUUGGGGAACGAGUGCUGGGAACAGUGCACACUCAUGCCUUCCAUUUCAAGCUGGACCUGGACGUGGCAGGGCUGCAAAACUGGGUGGUGUCUGAAGAUGUGGUGUUUAAACCUGUGGCAGCCCCCUGGAGCCCGCAGCACCAGCUGUACCGCCCACAGCUGACUCGGCAGGUCCUGGACAGGGAGGACCUGACAGCAUUCUCCUUGGGAAGCCUCCUUCCCCGUUACCUUUACCUGGCCAGCAACCAGACUAAUGCCUGGGGCCACCGGCGUGGAUACCGAAUCCAGGUCCACAGCCCCCUUGGCGUACAUAUGCCCCUGGAGAGUGACAUGGAGAGGGCCCUCAGCUGGGGGAGAUACCAGCUAGCAGUGACCCGGAGGAAGGAAGAGGAGUCACACAGCAGCAGCAUCUACUACCAGAAUGACAUCUGGACACCCACUCUAGCCUUUGCUGACUUCAUCAACAAUGAAACCCUCUUAGGAGAGGACCUGGUGGCUUGGGUUACAGCCAGCUUCUUACACAUCCCCCACGCUGAGGAUGUCCCCAACACAGUGACUGUGGGGAACAGUGUUGGCUUCUUGCUCCGACCCUAUAACUUCUUUGAUGAGGACCCCUCCAUCUUCUCCCCUGGCAGCAUCUACUUUGAAAAGGGCCAGGAUGCUGGACGCUGCAGUGUCAACCCUAUGGCCUGCAUCCCCCACCUGGCAGCCUGUGCCCCAGACCUACCCCCUUUUUCUUACAAAGACCUCUAG